AUGGCCCAUCCCUCAACUCCAUCCGCAAUUGCUCACUCCCUUUUUGGUGGACCCAUCACCUCGACACACCAUCAUCCGGCUCUCCCUUUACCGGCUGUCACACCAGCGACUUCGAAUGCGCCGACCCCCGUAUCCGCCUCCGCAAUGUCUGCCGUAUCCUCUAACAAUACAUUUGUCAUGACGAAUUCACCUAUGAAGAGUAGGGCUAUAAUGGAUAAUUACCGGCCCAAGGUCACACGAACCCUCGGCCAGCGACCCGCCUGCUUGGUGAACGCCUCUGUUACAUAUUGCGGUAACAAUCAAAUAUAUGCAUUCGGCGGUUUCGACCAGUACACGGAUGAGGUCUACAACCACGUACUAAAGCUAGACCUCGUCAGUCAUCAAUGGAGCCUGGUCGAUAACUAUGGAGACAUCCCUGGUGUAAGAAUGGGACACACUGCGACCUUGUAUCAGGGUGAUAAGCUUCUUGUCUUCGGUGGCGAGAAUGAGCACAGGACGUAUCUCUCCGAUUUGAUAAUAUUUGAUCUGAAGAGCGCCCACUGGACCCAGCCUCAAGUUUCUGGUCCCGUCCCCAAGGGCCGAGCCAGACAUGCGGCUGUCCUACACGAAGACAAAUUGUUCAUCAUUGGUGGCAUCACAGGUCAUGAGAGCUAUGUCUCGGAGGAUAUUUGCUACCUCGACCUGAAGACUUAUACUUGGUCGAGGUCAUGGCGCUUCGUUCCUAGAUUUGACCACUCGGCCUAUGUAUGGAAUGAUCGGAUUUGGGUAUUCGGCGGAUUAAGUAGAGACAUGGAUAAGAUAGGCGACCUAUGCUGGCUAGACUUGAAGGGUAGCCCGGAUUUUGAGUCUCCGCCUCAGAUUGGAGGUCCCGUGGAUAGGCACACUAUAGCUAGUCGGUCAAGUGAUUCGCCGCGGACCCCUUAUUCGUUAGGCUCGGCCCCGCCCCUCUCAGCUUCAGGCUUUGCCGCCAACAUCCGGGCAGCUCAAGUCAGCACUCCCUCGUUCCACUUGAAGAAGCAAGUUCCGAUGGCGCCCGGUGCCAUCUCUGUCCUAAGAUUCGUUUCCGGAGGCAAUGUUCCAUCGCAAGGUUCUGGCAUCCAUUUCCAUAUUUAUUCUUCCGGAUGUCUUCUAGACUUUGUCACCCCUGUUGCGACUAUUACCCCGAAGGAGUGUUCCCUCUCAGCUUUGGAUUUAAAUACUCUACGAUGGCAAAAAUUGGCUGAUGGUCGUGAGAUUUUUAAGCCGGGUUAUCAAUGGCACUAUUGCACGAUGAAUGAAGAUGGUACUAAGGCCUGGCUACUUGGAUGCCCAACUGACGCUAUCAACGAUGUUGGCCCGGGUGGCUUUGAGGAGUACCUAAGCGAUAUUAUGGAAAUUGACCUACGACGCUAUGGAUUUCUAGGAAAUAACGCAGUUUCCGAGUCUCGAACGGAGUAUGCUAGACCAACCGCGCAUACUAGAGUUCAAGACCAGCCAUCGAAAGGGCUUGGGCAUGAUCUCGCAAAACUCUUUAACCAACCGCCGGAGGCUGGAAGUGGAACUGACUUUAUCAUCACCGCUCUCGCUGGUGACGACUACGAUGAUGAUGAUAUGAUGGGCUCUAGUCUUAUUCGUGCGGGAGAAUCCCCAAUGGAUCAGAACUGGCUCACACCAGAUGCGCCUACUUCCGCUCCUAUCCAUGUACACAAGCUAAUCCUCCAAGCUCGAUGGCCCCAUUUUGCCCGUUUGUACAACGCGCAGAUGGCAGAGUUCCACACUAAGAAGAUGCAUAUUCCGGAGCCUUAUACAGUUGUUAAGGCUUUCCUAUACUACCUCUACACAGAUAGCAUCCACUCCGACAACGGCGCAACUGAUCUUUCAGAUGUUGCCGGGCUAUUGGUAAUGUCAAAUAUCUACAACAUCCCUCAUCUACGUCUCCUCUGCGUGAAUCGAUUAUCGAAAGAGCUCGAUGUAGAGCACGCAUGUAUCAUUUGGUAUUGCGCAGGACUCGCGAGCGAGGAGUGGCUACGCAAACGGGCCGCGUCAUUCUGCUUAACGCAUUGGGGCCGCAUAGUGCGGACUCAGGGGUUUUUACGUUUGCCACGAUCGGCACUCGUCGAGCUGUCGCAGGAAAUCGAUAUGGAGGGUCGAGUUAUCGCGGGCGAAGAACUCGAGUACGUAGAUAACUGCCGCGGCCGGUUCGACACUUCUGGCGUCUCGCGGAAAGAUAGCAUGAGUAGUGACCACACGCAGGCUCUGCCUUCGGACGUGGACGACUCGGAAGGCAUGGAUAUGGCCUGA